AUGACGACGAUGAGCGUCUCCUCAGAUGAAGAACCAACAUCGGUCGAUGACGAGAAGAGCAAACGCUUGUUGAGGGCAGCUAAAACCUCGAGCACUGAAGAGAGGACGUCUGACGUGAUCAAGUCGGAGGAAGGAAUUGAAGAGAGGGCGCCAGAUGAGCAGCAACUGACCAGCGAAAGGGUGCUCGCAGAGGUCGGCCACAUUCCGCAUAACAAGUCUCCGGUUGUAUCAACUGCUGUGGAUGAUGACUUGGUCGCGCACGCUCAAGAGUUCUGGUAUGGAUUGAGCGAACCUGAUAUGCUGGCACUCAUCAAAAUUUUCGUGAAGCGGACGAAGAAGAACCUGGAUGAGAACUUGUCGCUGUUCGACACGCUGUCAGCGAUCUACGGAGAUAUAAAUGUGGCAAAAAUGUUCGUUGCUGCGAAGUAUUUGGAUGAUUAUCGAGGCAGAGCUGCAAAAAAGUUACUGGACGAGAAACUGAAGGGAAUCAUGGAUCGCCAUUGUUCUGUUGACAGGUUCAUUGAUGUGUACGAUAUCAAGGGAGACGACAUGUUCACUUCUUCGUUGUGGAAAGUGACUUUGCUGAAAGACUUUAUCGAGAUAUUAAACGCCGACAAAGCACGAUACGUCACGUUGGCUGAUGCGCUGGUCACGGCCUACGGCGGAGAGAAGGGGUUGAUGCGUGUACUGCUGAAGCGGGACAAUGAUGUUGAGGCACGUCACGUUCUUGACGAGAUUGCCAAAAGAUGGUACCGCAAGAAUUUGUCUGUCAUUGGAACUAUGCGACUGCUAGAGCUAUCCGAGGUCGACAAUGCCUUCGACAAUAAGUGCGCGCAUUAUGUGGAGGGCCUCUUCAAACAGUGCCGAGAGAAGGGAGAUUGGGAGGAUGAUUUCAUAUAUUCCGACACUAGGAUAUAUGAGCUCACCGGAGAAGAAUACGUCGACGAAUUCAUGGCAGUUUUGAACAGCGAAAAAGAAACUGUCGACUACGUCGAGGCACUCGUGGACUUCUAUGAUCAUAAAACGCUUGCUGUUAUGAUAUCGAAAGCGCAAUCAUUCGCAGAAGGCGACGCCGAAAUGACCGCAAGAAUCGAUAAGGCCACAUCAAUGGUGUUUCAGGAUGUAUCAGAGGGAAAAAGGGGUCCCGCAGGUUCUAACCAAGGAUAA